CUCUUUCUCUCACCUCAAUUAAAAGCCCACUAAUGGAAUCGUGACUACUCUCUGACCUCCUCGUCGUGCUCCACAGCAUUACUGUUCUUGUUUCAGUCUGAUAAACCCUAAAUUUGAGGGUUUAAGCUUAUUUCUCCAUCUUCGUUCUUGUUAGCUCUCUAAAAGUUCAUAUCUUUAGUGCUCCCUUUCCCAUAUUUCUCUCAGUUAAUUGAUUCGAAGAUCAUGGGUUCAAAGAAAAAAGUAAAGAAAUCAACUAAUGUUGUAUCAGAUGAAGUGGGGGAUAAGAUGGAAGCUAAAGAACAUAAGAAAGAGUUGGAAAGUCUUAAGGAAUCGCAACCGGAAUUUUAUGAGUAUUUGAAAGAGGUGGACAAGGAGCUCCUAGAGUUUGAUGAUGAGGGCAAUGAAGAUGAUGAUGAUGCUGAAAUUGAUGGGGAGGAUGAUGAAAUUGAUGGAGAUGAUGAUGAAAUUGAUGGGGAUGAUGACGCCGGGAUUGAAGAUGGGGAGGAUUUCGACGAUAGUGAUGUUGAAGAAGAGGAGGCGGUUGUUAGGUCAAAAAAGGAAGAAAGCUCGGGUAGAACUAUUAUCACUAUGGAAAUGGUUGAAUCCUGGUGUAAGGGUAUUCAGGAAAAUGAAAAAAUUGCUCCUGUACGCUCUCUGCUGAAAGCCUAUAGGGUAGCUUGUCAUCUUGCAGAAGAAAGUGAUGAAAAAUCCUCAGAAAAGUUAACUACAAUGUCUAAAGCUGUUAUGAACAAAGUUAUGGUAGAAACUUUGACUAAUAUCGAUGGGAUUCUUCGCAAUUUGAUGAAUCUUCCUGCUUAUGGAGGAAAGAAAGAGAAGUUAAUUGAGGUAAAGAACACAAAAAGUUGGAAGAAGUAUCAGCAUUUGGUGAAGUCAUAUCUUGGAAAUUCGUUGCAUGCUUUGAACCAAAUGACAGACGCAAAGGAUAUCUCGUUUACUUUGAAGCACUUAACUAAGUCAUCCUUGUUCUUGGCUGCUUUCCCAGCCUUUUUGAGGAAGUAUAUUAAGGUUGUUCUGCACUUUUGGGGUACCGGAAGCCGAGACCUUUCAUUUGCAGCAUUUUGGUUCCUAAGAACUCUAUGUGUCCAACUUGGCACUGAUUGUUUGGAUGAGUGCUUUAAAGGGUUGUACAAAGCUUAUGUCAUGAACUGUCAGUUUGUAAAUGCAACUAAGUUGCAGCAUAUCCAAUUUCUUAGGCAAUUGUUUGUUGAAUUUAUGUUGGUGGACCUUCCAACCGCUUACCAACAUGCCUUCGUCUUCAUUCGACAAUUAGCAAUGAUUUUGCGGGAGGCGUUGAACACAAAGACAAAGGAAUCAUUCAGGAAGGUUUAUGAGUGGAAGUUUAUCAAUUGUAUUGAGCUUUGGACUGUAGCAAUCCGUAAAUAUGGUCUGGAACCUGACUUUCAACCCCUUGCUUAUCCAUUGACUCAAAUAAUUUCUGGAGUAGCCCGUUUAGUUCCAACUGCUCGUUACUUUCCUCUUCGAAUGCGUUGUGUUAGAAUGCUCAACUGUAUUGCUGCUGCAACUGACACUUUCAUACCAGUUUCCAUGCUACUUUUGGAUAUGUUAGAGAUGAAAGAACUGAACUGUCCACCUAGUGGAGGUGUUGGCAAAGCUGUUGACUUGCGGACAAUACUCAAGGUCAGCAAACAAGCACUUAAGACUCGGUCAUUUCAGGAAGCAUGUGUGUCUUCUGUGAUUGACGAAUUGGGUGAACAUUUGGCUCAAUGGAGCUAUUCUGUUGCUUUCUUCGAAUUAUCUUUUAUACCAGCUGUUAGAUUGCGUAAUUUUUGCAAAUGCACCAAAGUUGAGAGGUUCCGUAAAGACAUGAAAGAACUUAUUCGACAGAUUGAGGCCAACUCAGAAUUUGCAAACAAAAAACGUGCAACAAUCUCUUUCUUGCCAAGUGAUCCAGCUAUUUCGUCUUUCCUCGAGGAGGAGAAGCAGUCUGGUGCUAGUCCCUUGUCGAAGUAUGUUGCUACAUUACGCCAAAAAGCUCAACAGAGGAACGUCUCUGUAUCAGAAUCCAGUGUCCUUUAUGGUGCGGAGCCACCCAUUUCCGAUAAAAUGCUCGCAGAAAGUGAUGAUGAAGAUGAAGAUGAAGGAGACAAAGGUGAAGCAGUCUUUAAUUCCUUCUGGACACAACAGAAAGAAACCAGGGAUAAGCCUCCCCCCGAGGAUGAAAAAACACAGAAAAACAAGAAGAAAUCGAAGAGCUCGCCAAAGGACGCAAUAGAUGAAGAUAUUGUAGAGGAUUUGGUGCUAAGUUCAGAUGAAGAAGGCGAACCCAUGGAUGACUCUCCUCUGCCUGAAGAAACUGUUAAAACAGAAAAGGGGACCCCGAAAAGACGGAACAAGCGAAAGCCUACUAUAGAUGGUUCAGUGAAGAAUGAACGGGUAAGUAAGAAGGGGGGAAAGAAGAGAAAGCGAAGUCACUAGCCAUACGCAGAGUAUAAUUUGGAAAUUUGGAUUUUUUUUUGGGAGGCUUGAUUAAUAGAGGGAUGUUAUUAAGCAUGUUCUUAAGGAUCAAAGGUACUUUUUGCACGUUAGAAGAAGCACAUCACCAGAAAAUGUAAAAAUAAUAGAAUAUCAUAAUUCUUUUUUGGUCUAAGGUCUGUUAAUGGAUUGAUUUGGUAUUAUUUCUAGUUUUGAUCAUGAGUUUAAGCAUUGA